AUGACGGUCCAAACAGACCUCCCCCCCUCCUCAACCCCCUCCACCCUCGAAAAAGAAACCCUCCCCUUCUCCUCCGACGAAGAAGCCCUCCCCUCGACGCCCAACUCCCCGCCCAACGAGCAAGAGGGCCGCACCGUCCGCGGCUUUCGCUGGAUCCUCGUCUGCCUCGCCCUCUACGUCACCACCUUCGUCUACGGCCUCGACACCACAAUCGCCGCCGACGUCCAGGGCUCCGUCGUCGAGGCCUUUGGCCACGUCGAGCAGCUCGCCUGGAUCGGCGCCGGCUUCCCGCUCGGCUCCGUCUCCGUCAUCCUCUUGUACGGCGUCCUCUAUGGAAACUUCAACAUGAAGUGGGUGUUUGCCGCAGCCGUUGUCCUCUUCGAGGUUGGUUCGGCGGUUUGCGGUGCCGCGCCCACCAUGACGGCCCUCAUCGUCGGCCGUGUCAUUGCCGGCUCCGGAGGCUGCGGCGUCUUCAUGGGGGCGCUCAACUACUUCACGGCCCUGACCACCCCGACCGAGCGAGGCAUCUACAUCACCGGCACUGGCUUCUGCUGGGGCAUCGGCGCGGUCCUGGGGCCCGUCAUUGGCGGCUCCUUUGUCGAGUCCAGCGCUACCUGGCGAUGGGCCUUUUACAUCAACCUCAUCAUUGGCGGUGUCUUUGCCCCGAUCUACCUCUUUGGUCUCCCUAGCAUCCACCCGGUGGUCGGUGUUCCCGUCAUCGAGCGCGUCAAGAAGAUUGACUUCGUCGGCGUCGUUCUGGGUGUCGGCACCUGGGUCACCUUCUGCAUGGCCUUUACCAUGGCCGGCGGCCAGUGGCCUUGGAACGACGGCCGCACCAUCGGCAUGAUUGUCGCCUUUGGCGUCAUCAUCACCGCCUUCGCCAUCCAGCAGACCUUCUCCAUCUUCACCACGCCUGAGAACCGAUCGUUCCCCAUCCACCUGCUGCGAUCGCGCUCCCAGGUUCUGCUGUACAUUGCCACCGCCUCCAACAUCACCGCGCUCUUCGUCAUCGUCUACUUCAUCCCCAUCUACUUCCAGUUCGUCCACGGUGACUCCGCCAUCUCUGCCGCCGUCCGCCUGCUGCCCUUUGUCGUCCUGACCGUCAGUUUCAACCUGGCUUCCGGCCACCUCCUAUCCAGGGUCCGAUACUACAUGCCCAUCUUCCUCAUUGCAGGCUUCUUCAUCACCCUCGGCAGCGCCCUGCUCACCGCCUACCUCGACCCUAAGACCCCGACCAGCUACAUCUAUGGCUUCACCGUCCUCACCGCCGUGGGAACUGGCCUGACUCUCCAGAUUGGAUAUGCCGUCGCCACCCUCAAGGUCGAGCCCAAGGACAUGGGCGCUGCCCUCUCUCUGCAGAACGUCUCUCAGAUCGGUGGCACCGUCAUUUGCCUCGUCAUUGCCGGCCAGGUCUUCCAGUCUGCUGCCACCAAGAACCUGACCGAGGCUUUGAGAGACACAAACUUUACCGCUCAGGACAUCCAGAACGCCAUUGCCGGGGCCCAGAGCAAGAUCUUUGAGGAGAUUAGCGGAGAGCUCAAGGACAGCGCCAUCCUUGCCAUCACAAAGGCCAUGCAGAAGGCCUUUAUCCUGGUCUGUGUCGGCGGUGGUGUCCACAUGCUCAGCGCUCUCGGCAUGAAACGAGAGAAGCUGUUUGGCGAGGUCGUUAUCGGUGCCGCUUAA